UGAACAGUAGCCUGCACUUUAUGUACCGACAUGUGUGAUGUGUUAUCUAUUACAUAUUAUUUAACAGCCUGGCAGAUCAACGUGGAGCUGAGAUUGUUAAAAACAACAGGAAUUAUUGAUGCGCGUUUUAAGCCUGCGCUGUUUGACCUUGGUAGUAUCCGUAGUAAUUGAUAGACUCACAAGAGAGGCGUCUAGCAGAACAGAGCCUCUGUUGGAGCACAUCAUGGCUGGUAUUUUCUUCAAACCAUGUCAUAUUGCUACUGUCUGUUAUUUAAAGACUUACUGACACUAAGUGAUGGCCUUGCGUGGUUCUGUGGCGGAGCUACCGGGGGUUGGGCAUCCCUCUCCCGGCUGGAAAUCUCCCCUCGUCCCGCCAGACUCCCAGAUGGAUGUCCAGGGGUACCGCUGGGUGGGCUGGCGUGUGUGGCUCUGCCGCUUGGGAGCUGUGCUGUCACUAGGCCUCCUGCUGCUGCUGUUUACCUGGCGCCCCCGGUUCGCUGUCAUGGCCCGGUGCUCUCCCUGCCCUCUGUCCUUGGCUCACGUCCUGCUUCUGAGGGACAGUUUGGGACAUAAUUACGUGGUCCAAGUCCUCACAGAGGAGGUUGAGGAUGGAAGCUCGGAGCUGGUGGAAGAGGUGGAGGAGAACCGGGAAUGGAGAGAUACGGUCCAGCUCCACAAUGAGCAGAAAUCUCUGCUGCGCUUCUAUCAGUUCGAGGGCCUACGCUAUAUCUGGCUGCCCAGGAAAGGUGCCUUCUGUCCAGUCAGUGUCCUCAAUGAGGAAUGGACGUGUAGCGACCUGUAUCGCUUCCAAAGCGGCCUGAGUCCCCUGGAGCAGAACUCCAGGCAACAGGUCUAUGGACCAAACCUGAUUACUGUGCCUGUUAAGUCCUAUAUGAGUUUACUGGUUGACGAGAUCCUCAAUCCCUUUUAUAUCUUUCAAGUGUUCAGCAUCGCCUUGUGGAUGGCCGAUAACUACUAUUAUUAUGCCGCCUGUAUCCUCGUCAUCUCUCUCCUGUCCAUCAGCAUCUCGCUGUACGAAACACGCAAGCAAAGUGUCACUCUGCGCAAAAUGGCCCAGCUGAUCACGACUGUUAAAGUACGCAGGAGCACCGGAGACGUGUUUUUGAGCUCAGAGGAGCUGGUCCCAGGGGACUGCCUGCUCAUCCCGCCAGAAGGCCUGCUGCUGCCCUGCGACGCCGCCCUGCUGGCCGGGGAGUGCAUGGUCAACGAGAGCAUGCUCACAGGCGAGAGCGUCCCUGUUCUGAAGACCCCGCUGCCGACGGGGGACUCCCGGUUCAGUUCAGAGGGCCAUCGCAGACAUACGCUCUUCUGCGGCACGCAACUCAUCCAGGCCAGGGGCGGGGCCGUGGCUGUGGUCACCAGCACAGGGUUUUUCACUGCUAAAGGAGACCUGAUAAGCUCCAUCCUCUACCCUCAGCCCAUCAACUUCCGCUUCUAUCAAGACGCCACCAAGUUCCUCCUCCUCCUGGGUGGCGUGGCUGUCCUUGGGACCAUCUACAGCGUUGUGGUGCUCAGCAUGUCCAACGUAACGUGGGGCGAGCUCGUGAUCAGGACCUUGGACGUGGUGACCAUCGUGGUGCCCCCCGCCCUGCCCGCUGCCAUCACCACGGGAACCAUCUACGCACAGCGCCGGCUCAAGCGCCAGGGCGUCUUCUGCAUCAGCCCGCCCCGAAUCAACGUCUGUGGCAAGGUGUCGCUCUUCUGCUUCGACAAGACAGGAACCCUGACCGAGGAGGGUCUGGACAUGUGGGGGGUGAUGGAAGCCCACCAGAAGGGCUUCUCUGAGCUGGUCCCAGACCCCAGGCUCCUGGCCCCCGGGCCUCUGCUCACGGCCCUGGCCUGCUGUCACAGCGUGGCCCUGCUGGAUGGCCAGGCGUACGGGGACCCCCUGGAGCUGAAGAUGAUGGAGUCCACUGGCUGGGAGCUGAUAGAGCCGUCCGUCAAUGGUCAUGCGUUGGACUCAGAGUUCGGAGGUCACAAGGUUCUGUCCGUCAUGAGGCCUCCUGCUGGGACUCCCUUCUCCGAGAGAACUCCUCACACAGAGAGCGUGGCCGUCGUGCGCCGCUUCCCCUUUUCCUCGUCGCUGCAGAGGAUGAGCGUGGUGGCGGCGCCCCCUGGUGGCCGGCCGGCGAUAGCCAUCAUCAAGGGCUCCCCGGAGAUGGUGACCAGCCUCUGUCUGGCAGACACGGUGCCCCCGCAGUUCUCCGGUGUCUUAGAUGACUUUGCCAGCAGAGGCUUCAGGGUGCUGGCUCUGGGCUACAAAGUGAUGGGCAGCGACACGGAGCUGGGGACGAUUGAACGAGAGGCGGUCGAAAGAGACAUGCGUUUCCUGGGCCUCUUCCUCAUGAGGAACCUGGUGAAGCCUGAGACGGCCGGGGUGAUCCAAACCCUGAGACAGGCCCAGCUCCGCACCGUCAUGGUCACCGGGGACAACAUCUUGACGGCGGUCAACGUCUCCAGGAGCUGUGGGAUGGUGGGCUCUGAGGACCGGGUGAUCUUCGUCCAGGCGUCUCCCCCUGACGGCCAGCUCCCUCCCACCCUCAGCUUCCACCAGGAGGACAGAGGUGCCUCUGGUACGCACGGCUCCACUGAGGUCCACACCUGGGGCUUGUACCAGAGUGGGGUCAGCUACCACCUCGCCGUCAAUGGGAAGUCCUUCUCCGCCAUCUGUGACCACUUUCCUGAGUAUCUCCCGAAGGUGCUGAUGCGGGCCACGGUGUAUGCCCGCAUGGCCCCGGACCAGAAGACCCAGCUAGUGAAGGAGCUGCAGAAACUCAACUACCGCGUGGGGAUGUGUGGGGACGGGGCCAACGACUGUGGGGCCCUCAGGGCCUCUGACGUCGGCGUGUCGCUCUCUGAGGCCGAGGCCUCUGUGGCCUCACCUUUCACCUCCAAGGUCAACAACAUCAGCUGUGUGCCUCUGCUCAUCAGAGAGGGUCGCUGUUCUCUGGUCACCUCCUUCAGCCUGUUCAGAUACAUGGCCCUGUACAGCCUCAUCCAGUUCAGCUCUGUGCUCAUCCUCUACACGGUGAAGACCAACCUGGGCGACUGGCAGUUCCUGUUCUUUGACCUGUUCCUGGUGACCCUGCUGGCCAUAGUGAUGGGUCGAGGGGGUCCCAGCGAGGAGUUGCACCCCCGCAGACCCCCGGCCAGCCUGAUCGCCCUGCCCAUCCUGGGGGGCAUGUUCCUGCACACGCUGUUCAACAUCCUGGGGCAGACGGGGGCUCUGCUCAUCACCGCCUCCCAGGACUGGUUUGUUCAGCUCAACUCCACAGAGUCCGGUGCCGCCAACCUCCCCAACAUGGAGGAGACGAGUGUCUUCGCCCUGUCCGGGUACCAGUACAUCAUCAUGGCCGUGGUGGUCACCAAGGGCUACCCGUACAAGAAGCCUCUGUACCACAACUUCCUCUUCCUGGGCCUGCUGCUGAUCUUCUUGGGCGUGAUGACCUGGCUGGUGCUCUACCCCGGCCCGGUCUUCGCCAAGCUGCUCCAGCUCUAUACCUACCCUGAUAUGACCUUAAACAUGCUGCUGGUGUCCCUGGCAGCCCUCAACUUCCUCACCUGCUUCCUAAUGGAGGUGCUGAUCGACCAGGGCCUGCUGAACUGUCUGCGUUGUGUGCACAGGAAGCGCAUGUCUAAGAAGCAGUACAAGCGGCUGGACGUGCUGUUGUCCGAGUCUCCGUCGUGGCCGCCCCUCAACCAAUCACUUCCCUCCGCACAGUACACAGUGAUAGGACUGAGCUAGCGCUGAGCGUCUUUUUCAUUUCCUAUAUAUCUUAUUUUUGGGGACACAGAGGGGUUUUAACUUUGGUUUUGUUUGGUUGGUCAAUGAAAUUGAAGUUGUUGAUAGGCACUAUUCUAUAAAUACUAUUUAUGUAAAUAAAAUACUUUUUUAUACUUCUUGUUUAACUAAAUUGUGCUUGGGGGUGGCGCAUUUUGUCUGCGAGUUAUUUCUGAAGUUGUAGAGCAUAUAGCGUCAGGCUGUAAUCAUACAUCAUAGUCGUUAUGUUAAAGGCUGCAAUCAAUGUGUCCAUGGGAAAUUUACGUAGGCUACAUUCUAAGCCAGGUCUGAGAGUACUUGUCAUGCAUCACUGUAUUCAUCUAAGUGUCGGCAUUGUUUAUGUACUGACUUCCAUAUCCUGUGUGUAAUAAGUAGCCCGAUUAUGGUUUCAGUGUAUCUCGGUACCAAUCUAAGGUGACCUCACCUAACCAGUUACUGAUUGGUUGAAAUUGUGCCAAUGUCACUUGCCAUAUUAGCAUAGUGGGUACAGACAUUUCCCUUCAUAGUGUUAAAUUAAACCAAUGAGCAAGCAGGUCGUUGCAUGUCAUGAAAUAUGCAUUCAUGUCAAUGUUUUUAUUUUGAAGGCCUGAAAGAUAAUUUGUAAUGAAGGUGAAAUUCCUUGUGACGACAUGGACCAACAUAAAAAUAACACUCGCGU